UCUGGGACUAUAGGACAUUCCAGCUCGCGAUCCAGCACGGUUAAUCGUGAAAAGUGUAUACAUUUCUGGCUUAUCUAUGCUUUGUUAUGGGUCUGACGUGAGCCCACGUCCUCCUCCCCCCGCCCGCAAUAUUACAGGCAGAAUUUCAGUUAAAAGUGUUACAGUAUCACGGUGCGGGAACCCGUGGUAUUCAGACAGCAAAAUAACCUUAGUCCCCGGCUGUAAAAAGCUAAUUAAGCAGAAGAGGAAAAUCAAGAGAAACUCGAAAAUGUAAGUAUUCCCUCUCGUUAACAACCGAGCAUUUAACUUUGGAGCCUCAGAAAGGGAAAUACCAGGCUGUUCUGCACGUUUUCGCUAAGCUUCAUUUUCCACACAAUGCAGAAUAAAAUGCUAGUUUAAAGCGGCUACGUUACCGAAGGAUUUUCCAUCGCUACGAUCAGACUUACGUCCUUUAAAUUCACGGCAUGCACAAAAGAGCAACGUUUGUCCAAAAUGGGCUAAAAAUAUACGAAGCGAUAGGGAAAAAAGCACACAAAUCCUUCCUCGGAAGCUAGCUACGAGGAAGUCUGAGAGGUCUGAGUGUGUUUGAGCUCGGAUUGUUUAAUAGAAAGAUUUAUAUACUAACUGUAUUAUUUACUUUGGGAGGGGAGGUGGCAGUAUAAGGGUAUGCUAAUUAGUGGGAGAUUUUUGGGGGGAAGGGGUGGAAUAUCAAUUUUUAUUGCAUCACCUGUCAGGAGUGUCCAAUCAGCGUUGGCUUUAGGGGAAUUAAUUGAUGAAGGUGUCUCCGGACGAGCUCACUUCACUCUGUCAUUUUAUUUGUAGCUAAAGCAGCGGCGGGAAUAGCAGCUGCAUUUCUUUUCUCUUCCUCCCUUCACAUUCCAUUAUCAUAGUUUCCAAUGGAAAAGCAGGGAAUGAAAGGGAACAGGUACUGAUCUUCAGCAGCAACUUAGAGAAACACUUUGGCAAACCUGAUUUUUAAGAUUAUAUAUUGAUUGUAGCCUCACGGUAUUUUUUUAAUUUAUUUUUUUAAUUUUGUCUAAAGUUUGGCACUUCAUUCACCAGGAAUAACAGCCUUUGUUAUAUUUUAUUAGCAGGAUGCCUUGAGACAAAUACAGCAUCUGGCUGAGGAUUGUGUGUGUGUGGCUUUUUCUUUUUUUUUUUCCCCCCCUUUUUUUUUUCCCCCAUAUCUCUCUCUCUCUCUGCAAAUGCUGGGAAUAAUUUAAUUCACGAAAUGGGAGACCUGAAGUCGGGUUUUGAAGAGGUGGAUGGCGUGAGGCUCGGCUACCUCAUCAUUAAAGGAAAGCAAAUGUUUGCACUCUCCCAGGUUUUUACAGACCUGCUUAAAAACAUCCCGCGAACUACCGUGCACAAGCGAAUGGAUCAUUUAAAAGUAAAAAAGCAUCACUGCGACCUGGAGGAGUUGAGGAAACUCAAAGCCAUCAACUCCAUCGCUUUCCACGCCGCCAAAUGCACCCUGAUCUCCAGAGAGGACGUGGAAGCCCUUUACACAUCCUGCAAAACCGAACGGGUCCUUAGGACGAAACGGAGGAAAAUAAGCCGGGCGCUGUCGACCACCGACCUCCGGCCGGAGCUCGCACCCACCGACCCCUUCUCCGGCUUCUGGAAGGAGAACAAACUUUGGCUGGGUUUGAAUGACUCUCCCCGGCCCCUGCUGCCCAUCAGGAGGAAAGCUUUGCGUCCGGGGGACACAGCCUUGCUACCGGCCUCUCAUCUACCUCACAUUUUUAGUAAAUACACUGGCCACAGCUACCCAGAAAUCGCUCGGGCGCCUUGCAAACCCCCCGUAAACUAUGAAACGGCGCCGGCGGCGGGCAGCUGCGCGCCCCUCCGCGCCCGCCGCCCGCCCGCCGCCCGCCCCCCGCCCGCCGCCGCCGCGGCGCGGCCGCGGCUCCCGGCCGCCGGCCCCCCGCCCCUGCCCGCCCGCUGCCGCCGCCGCCGCCACGGGGCGGCCGCCGCCGCCGCCGGCGCGCUGGGCCCCCCCGGCGGCGCCCGCCGGCCCCUGGCCGCGCCGCGGCCCUGCCGGCCCCGCGGCGCCCCGCGGCUGCCGCUGCCGCUGCCCCGCGGCUUCGGGCCGCCGCCGCCCGCCUUCCCCGAGAGCGGCAGCAGCGACUCGGAGUCCAGCUGCUGCUCCGGCCGCGCCGCCCACGACUCGGACUGCGGCUCCAGCCUCUCCAGCUCCAGCGAGGGCAGCUCGGAGGAGGAGGACGAGGAGGAGGAGGAGGACGACGAGGAGGGCAGCGGCGCCUCGGACUCCAGCGAGGGCAGCUCGGAAGAGGAGGAGGAGGAGGAGGAGGAGGAGGAGGAGGAGGAGGAGGAAGAGGAGGAGGAGGAGGAGGACAGCACCUCGGACUCCGACUCCAGCUCCGUCUCCAGCCAGGUCUCGGUGCAGAGCAUCCGCUUCAGGCGCACCAGCUUCUGCAGCCCGCCCGGCGUGGUCCACGCCAACUUCUUGUACCAUCUGGCGGCCGCCGCCGCCGCCCCCCGGCCGCCGGCCCCGGCCCCGGCCCCGGCGGAGCCCGGCGGGCUGCCCGCCCUCCGCGGCCCUCCCGGCGGAGUCAAGCCGGAGCUGCCGGAGGAGUGGGGCCGCCCCGGCUGGGCUCCCGCCGCCCCGGCGCUGCGCUGCUCCGGCGGCCUGGGGAGCUGCUUCGCGGAGAUAAGAGAUGAUAGGGUAUCCGAGAUCACAUUCCCACACUCUGAAUUUUCCAAUAAUGCCAAGAGUACUGACCUAACAAUUAACUGUGUUGCAAAGGGGGCCUCUUCACCUAGCCCAAAGACAAACAAUGCAUUUCCACAACAAAGAAUACUCAGAGAGGCAAGGAAAUGCCUUCCAGCAACUACUACACACCGUGCAGAUAACAAUACAAUAGCUGCUAGGUUCUUAAAUAAUGAUUCUUCAUCAGCGGCAGCAAAUUCAGAGAAAGAUUCCAAAAUCCCUCAUUGUAUUGAAUUUGCCACGGAUUUGCCCUCUUUACAAACUGAUCCUGAGGAGGAUGCUGCUUCUCCAGGGGCAGCAGCAGCAGCUGAGCUCCACUGCACUGAUACAGGCAAUAAGGCAUUGCCAUUCCUGCACAGCAUUAAAAUCAAAAUAGAGGACAGCAGUGCGAACGACGAGUAUGAGCCUGAUCUUACAACACAUAAGCUAAAGUGUGAGUGCAAUGAUACUAAGGAUGAGUUUUACCGUGUGACUGAGAGUAAUAACCAGGACGCUUUAUUAACAGCCAAGGAAGAUUCUGCAUGCACUGAGAAAGAAACCACUUCCUUAAACCCGCUGACUCAGAGUCAGGUCCUCUCAUGCACUUUAGGUACUCCAAAACCUGAGGAUGGGGAGUAUAAAUUUGGAGCAAGGGUGAGAAAAAAUUACAGGACACUGGUUUUGGGAAAGCGACCUGUACUGCAGACUCCUCCAGUCAAACCAAAUUUGAAAUCAGCUCGAAGCCCACGACCUACAGGUAAAAUUGAGACACAUGAAGGAACACUGGAUGAUUUUACAGUUAACAAUAGACGCAAAAGGGUAGCCAGCAAUGUAGCAUCAGCAGUGAAAAGGCCAUUUAAUUUCAUGGCAAAUUUUCCCUGUCCACCAUCACUAAUUAUUGGCAAUGAUGGGGAUUUGUUGCCAGCUUAUUCCUUAAACACCACUAAGGAUUCCCAACCACCUCACAAGGCCCAUCCUGUAUGGAAAUGGCAGCUGGGCGGUUCUGCAAUACCUCUUCCACCUAGCCACAAAUUCAGGAAAUUUAAUUAAUAAAAUAGUAUGGAAAAUAUUUUCUUGAACCACCUUUAACUUUCUUAUGUUUUUUAAACUCUGCAGGAUGGUUUGUACAAGCCCAUUAAUACUAUACACACUUUUGGAAUCCUGUUUUAUCACAUUGUGAAGACAGAAACCGGAUUACUAUUUUCUUUACCAUUACAACAGUGGUAUUUUGGUUUGUUUUGGGUUUUUAAUUUUUUUGGUUCUGUUGCCUUUUUUUUUUUUUUUUUUUUUUUUUACAUUCCACAGAGUACUUCAGGCUAAAGACUCAAGUUAAACUCAGUUAUUAUGGUAGAGCUGGAACACUUUACUGUUUAAAUGCUAAUAAUGCACCAGUACCUCAAUUCAACUGCUGCAAAUAAAUGUCAAAAGGUUGAAUAAUAAAUAUUAGAAUGAGCCAUUAAAUUUAUGCACUAGAUUUCGAAAAUGGAAGUCUAACUGUUAAUUCAGUUAAAGUUUGUUAAGUUACAUGGUUGCACAGUAAGGGUUCACUAUAAUUCAAUGUGGCAGCAGCCUACUUUUCGGGAGCUUUGUUUUUGGGUGCAGGGGUGUCUUUUUCGAAGAGCAGUUGCACUUACUCCUUUUUUCUCUGGUUUGGAAAGGCUGGGGUCCGCCUGUGACCCCAGCGCUGGGAAAAGCUGCCUCAUCUGAAACCAGUAAAUAAAUGUGGAAUUCUAUUUUUGGUAAAAGGGUGUGUUUUUACUUGUACAGCCACUCUUUGCAAUUGGGAAGCCUUUUUGUUUCACCCAGAGGUCUUAAAUAAGGUUACUGUUACCCACUAAUGUCAUACUUAAGUUGUGGUCUGAACAUGCCCCUUACAAACUUGCAAAGCAACUAAAAUAUUUGUCCGGCCAGCAGUACAAUUUAUGGUCCAGCCCCUCACGCUGGCUGGAGGAAAUAGCAAAGCAGUAAAUACAACACAGAAAGUGAAACGAGAGGCCGUAAGUGGAAAGAAUACACAAAAUGAGAAGACCGUGUUAUUCAUAGCUUUUUGGCACCAAAACUCAGGCGGUUCAACCGUGUUACACUUCCCGGUUCUAACCUCAUCUCUUGAAAUUUGUUGUCGUGGGUUGGUUUUUUGGUUUUUUUUGCCAUGCCAUCCUCUCUAUGUAGCAGAAACAUUUCUACUGCACGUGACAAUCAGAGGCAAUUAUCUAUAUUUGCACUUAAUAUCGAAAUAGUCGAACAGGCAGACUUCUAGAGUCUAGCCCUCGGUAAGACAUGCUGGUAUAAUAUAUUGUGAUGAUGGAAGCAGUAAAUCAAAAUUAUGGAAAUUUGCACUGUUGAAAAGCAUGCUUUAGCUUUAUUUUCAAUUAAAAACACUGUUUAAAAAAAUUUCCUGAUUCCAUACACUUUGAAUUAUUGCAGAGUUAUCCGUGGUUUCCUCUCCGUUUGUAAGUUCACUGUUUUUAUUUGGAGGAAAUACGCUUCAAGAGGUUAACUGUUUCCCUCCCUCCCCCCCCAACCCCUCGAAAAGAAAAGGAAGGGGGGGGGAGAAGAGAGAAAGGCUGGAGGCCGAGGUGGAAGCAGAGCUGAGGACGGGGGAAGGUCUCUCUUGCGGGGGGAGGACGGGUACAGCAACUCUGAAAACAGCCUGAAAAGUUUGCAGCUUGAGAAAGGCAGUUAUAAUUGAGUUGCUGAAUCAGCAGAGUUUAGAAUGAAUAAUUGCUGGUUUCUUUCUUUGGAUUAGCAUUUUAUUUAUACUAGAUCAUUCCCAAAUUAAAUUUUAAGGAUUCCACUCAUCGAUCAAUCCCGGGAGAAUAAUUUAUCGUAAAUCAAAAAAGGAAAACAAAGCAACAAUGUAAUGUUUACUGUCUGACUCAAAGUCAACAUUUCUGCUGGCAAUCCACUGCCUGGGUCUCAGUUUUUUAAUUCCUGCCUUUUGUGAUGCCCUCUGCCAACCCCUCGUGUCUCUAAAUAUUCCAAGCAGUCACUAACUGAUUUCAGCUCUGUUUACUAUAUCCACACCGUAGUUUUCCUCUCAUUGUAAAAGGCCUUGUCUAAGAAUACCUGCAGCCAAAUAUAUUUAGAAAGAGUAAACAAUUGCCUUUCAGUGGAGUUACCCUUCCCCCCCUGCUUGCACACGCACACACACGCACAUGCACACACAUCACUUUAAACUGCCAAUUGCAAAAGGUGCAUUGCAUACUUAACCGCUCUGCUGAAAUUACGAUGGUCAUGAAAAAUCUGCUUACUAAAGUUGUUCUGAGAUGAAUGUUUACAUUCGUAUGUUUAGAGCUGCACAGAUUACAGCCUUAUUUCCAGAGAACUGUAAAUAUGUACAAAAUGUACUGCUCAGGAAAGCCCCCUGCUCUGUUAGAAAGCCGUGUCUGCUUGACAAAGGUCUUCC